CGGCUGCUGCGGCGGCCGCGGGGGCCGGCGCGGCGCGGGCCAAGGAGACGGCGUUCGUGGAGGUGGUGCUGUUCGAGUCAAGUCCUAGCGGCGACUACACCACCUACACCACCGGCCUCACGGGCCGCUUCUCGCGGGCCGGGGCCACGCUCAGUGCCGAGGGCGAGAUCGUGCAGAUGCACCCACUGGGCCUGUGUAAUAACAAUGACGAAGAGGACUUGUAUGAGUAUGGCUGGGUAGGAGUGGUGAAGCUGGAACAGCCGGAGUUGGACCGGAAACCAUGCCUCACUGUCCUGGGCAAGGCUAAGCGAGCAGUGCAGCGAGGAGCUACUGCAGUCAUCUUUGAUGUGUCUGAAAACCCAGAAGCUAUCGACCAGCUAAACCAGGCCUCGGAAGACCCGCUCAAGAGGCCGGUGGUGUACGUGAAGGGCGCAGACGCUAUUAAGCUGAUGAACAUCGUGAACAAGCAGAAAGUGGCUCGGGCUCGGAUCCAGCACCGCCCCCUGCGACAACCCACUGAAUACUUUGACAUGGGGAUUUUCCUGGCCUUCUUCGUCGUGGUCUCCUUGGUCUGCCUCAUCCUCCUCGUCAAAAUCAAGCUGAAGCAGCGACGCAGUCAGAAUUCCAUGAACAGGCUGGCUGUGCAGGCUCUGGAGAAGAUGGAAACCAGAAAGUUCAACUCCAAGAGCAAGGGGCGCCGGGAGGGGAGCUGUGGGGCCCUGGACACACUCAGCAGCAGCUCCACGUCCGACUGUGCCAUCUGCCUGGAGAAGUACAUCGAUGGAGAGGAGCUCCGGGUCAUCCCCUGUACCCACCGGUUUCAUAGGAAGUGCGUGGACCCGUGGCUGCUGCAGCACCACACCUGCCCCCACUGUCGCCACAACAUCAUAGAACAAAAGGGAAACCCGAGUGCUGUGUGUGUGGAGACAAGCAACCUCUCGCGUGGCCGGCAGCAGAGAGUGACCUUGCCGGUGCAUUACCCCGGCCGCGUGCACAGGACCAAUGCCAUCCCGGCCUACCCUACAAGGACGAGCAUGGACUCCCACGGGAACCCCGUCACGCUGCUGACCGUGGACCGGCACGGGGAACAGAGCCUCUAUUCUCCGCAGACCCCCGCCUACAUCCGCGGCUACCCGCCCCUGCACCUGGACCACACGCUGGCCACCCACCGCUGCGGCCUGGAGCACCGGGCCUACUCGCCAGCCCACCCCUUCCGCAGGCCCAAGUUUAGCGGCCGCAGCUUCUCCAAGGCAGCUUGCUUCUCCCAGUAUGAGACCAUGUACCAACACUACUACUUCCAGGGCCUCAGCUACCCCGAGCAAGAGGGGCAGCCCCUGCCCAGCCUCGCUGCCAGGGGCCCGGCCCGCGCCUUCCCCCCAGGCGGCGGCGGCAGCCUGCUCUUCCCCACGGUGGUGCACGUGGCCCCGCCCUCCCACCUGGACAGCGGCAGCACGUCCAGCUUCAGCUGCUACCACGGCCACCGCUCCGUGUGCAGCGGCUACCUGGCCGACUGCCCCGGCAGCGACAGCAGCAGCAGCAGCAGCUCCGGCCAGUGCCACUGCUCCUCCAGCGACUCCGUGGUCGACUGCACCGAGGUCAGCAACCAGGGCGUGUAUGGCAGCUGCUCCACCUUCCGCAGCUCCCUCAGCAGCGACUACGACCCCUUCAUCUACCGCAGCCGGAGCCCCUGCCACGCCAGCGAGGCGGGGGGCUCGGGCAGCCUGGGCCGGGGGCCCGCCGUGCGCUUCGAGGGCUCCCCGCCGCCUGAGGAGCUCCCGGCGGCGCCCGCUCCUGGCGCUGGGUGUGGAGAGCCGUGGCCGGGCCCCGCGUCUCCCUCGGGGGACCAGCUGUCCACCUGCAGCCUGGACAUGAACUACAGCAGCAGCUCCUCCCUGGAGCCCCGGGGGCCCAACAGCUCUACCUCGGAAGUGGGGCUCGAGGCUUCUCCUGGGGCCGCCCCAGACCUCAGGAGGACCUGGAAGGGGGGUUACGAGGCGCCAUCCUGUGCCUGCUGCUGCGAGCCCCAGCCCUCCAGACCGGGGCCCGGGGCAGGGGCAGCUGGCAGCAGCGCCCUGCUCCUGGGGUCCCCGCUCUGCGAGGGCCGCGGCCCCUCGGGUGGGGAGCCGCAGCUGGGAAGCUCCCGGGGCCUGCGUGGCUUCCACCCAGACCAUUUGUCCAGGACAGACGGGGUGAAAUACGAGGGCCUGCCCUGCUGCUUCUAUGAAGAGAAGCAGGUGGCCCGCGGCGGCGGAGGGGCCGGCUGCUACACCGAGGACUACUCCGUGAGUGUGCAGUACACACUCGCCGAGGAGCCCCCGCCCAGCUGCUACCCCGCGGCCCAGGACCUGAGCCAGCGCAUCCCCAUCAUUCCGGAGGAUGUGGACUGUGACCUGGGCCUGCCCUCGGACUGCCAAGGGACCCACAGCCUCUGCCCCUGGGGUGGGACGUCGGGCCCAGAUGCCCCGCGGCCCCACAGGGGCCUGGGAGCAGCCCAGGAAGAGGAGCAGGUUCUGUGCUGCCAGGCGGGGGUGCCGCCCCGGCCUGUGUGCUCUCCAGCGGAGGUGGGUGCCACCAGGGCCAGCUUCCCCAGUGCCCCCCAGGACACUCAGGAGUCUAUCGCCAUGGCCGCCGAGGCUGCAGGAUCUCGCCCGGCAGACAGCAGCAGCACGGGAGCCUGAGCUCAGAAGGAACUCUUAUCUGGAAAUUGGAAACUGUAUGGAGACUCUAAACUCUGGCUUCCUUCAAAAAGAAACAAUUUUUUUUUUAGCUUUGACAAACACAAAAGUGGUAAUAAAGAGAGCCCUCCUUCUCAACCCAAAAUGUGAGCCACCUGUGGCAAAACCACCCCACCCCCUGCCCCAUUAACUAACCAACAGACAAAAUUCUCUGAGUCCUCUGCCUCCUUGAUAACAUGUUAUUCUGUUUUGUAAAGUGUGUGUGCUUGGGGUUCCGAGGUGUGUGGAAUUGAGUUCUCUGCUUGUUUUUUUUUUAAAGAUAUUAUAUGUAAAUGUAAAAAGUUAUUUAAAUAUAUAUUUUAAAGAACCCUAACUGCCAACUUUUGCUGAAAAAGAAAAAAAAAAAUCACUGCUGCAUUAAAUGAACCACAUCAUGUGUAGAUACUGUUGUCUCCCUGGAGGGAGCUCAGGCCUUUGAAAAGCUCAGGGCUACACCUGCCUUAGAAAAUGAACCAGAAACUUGAAGUAAAGCUAGUUGAUAUGGGUACAAACUCUGAGGAACAAUGCAAAGCUGCCUCUUUCUUUCUUGUGGCAAAUCGCAAUGUACAAAGUGUUGGGUCUUCUUGGAAGCCAUUCCUCUCCAGCCUGCACCUUUAGGCAGGUGAUGGAAACAGCUAGGAAUAGGGUGCACGAGGUCUGCAGCACUGGGGCAUCAGGGCAAGCCAUUGCCCCAAAGCUCUAGGGUGACAGGGACAAUUCUACCUAGUAUCCUCAACCUGUCCCCUUGAGUCACUGUCCCUCCCAGGGAAAGUGACAGAGUUCACAGCCCCUGAUCUUAGCGGAGAUCCAUUUCAUAGUAAGGGCAGUGUUCUUGGGGAUCCUCUAUUUGAACUCUGACCCCUGGGGCAGGGAAGAGGAGGCUCUCCCCCCCCCUCAGUGGUCCUGACGUAGGAGUCCUUUGCAAAAAUAUUUUAGGCUUCCUUCCACUGGCUGCAGAAAUGGCUAGACGGGUGUGUGGGGUCGAACACCCAGGAGGAAUAUAGUUUUGUGGCCUUGGUGUCUGAUGGGGCUUGGGGAGGUGCUCUCCAUCCACCCAGCUGGGGCGAGCCUCUGCGCAUGUGUGGGAGCCGCCACGCCCCUUGGCUGCUGCUUCCUUGGGCUGCCUUCCUGGGGGCACCCCCCAGACCCCUGCGGUGGGCACUGAGCUCCAUUUGAGUGAUACCUUUCCCAUCCGGUUUCCCAUGGAAGCCCUGCUUCAGGAUUCUUCAGCCCUCUGCCUCAUGGCUGAAAUUGCUCAUCUCACCUGCAAAUGUCUGCUCUCCUGUCUACCUAAUGCACUAUUAUGUAUUGAUUUUCCAUGAGACACAGAGAGAGGGAGACUAUCAGAUAGUUUAGACCCAAAGGGUAGGUUUUUGUAUAUUUUUCCAGGCUUUUGGUGUGUGUGUUUUUUUAAGGGGGAGGGGGGGAGAGUUAAAAAACCCAAACUGUUUUGUUUUUAAGAUGUUUCAUUUUUAAAAGGGAGAGAGAAUCUAUUUAAAGCUAUUUCAGAUCAGGGAUUGUCAUUCUUUUUGUCCAAUGUAUUCCUCGUUCUUAAAAAAAUUUUUUUUAGAGGAAACUAUAUUAGCCCUUGUGUUCACUAACUCUUCUGGUCACUUUUAUUUCUUCAUUCAGAUAUUUGUUGCCAUCUGCAAAAGUUUGGCCCAUUGAGUCUAAAAGCUCGUUUGUGGAAUAGGAAUCUUGGCAUGUGGCCCCUGUAGGUAGGGAAAUAAGGACCACUCUGGGUUGCCAGGCAACUGUGAUGGCCCCUCUCUGGUCAAGCUCACAGGAAGUUGGCCCAGGGUCCAGACAAAAACAUUUUGAAUGAGAAUCUCACUAUAUCAGAAUCCUUUUUUCUUAAGAACCCCAGUAUAUGAUGAGGAAAUUUACUUAUUUCUAGCCAGGAUUGGACAAAGAAAUUCCAGCAUCAAAUGAUCAAGCCAUUUGCCACUUAGGGACUCACUGCACUGAGAUUGUCUUCCAGCCUCUCGGGUGCAGUUCCUUAGGGGGUGGUCCCCAGGGCUGUGCCCAGCACACCUGUUGGCGAGGGUGUGAGAAUCGCCUAAGCUGUUGACAUGUGAUCCGGGCCGCCUUUAUUUCUCGGGCCAGGAGUAGCAGCUGCUGAGGACAACGGCUUGCAUGACGUGGUUUUCGGAAAGGAGGGGUAUGGCUUUUAACAUGAACUGCAAAAAGCAGCUUCUCAUUGUUGAGAUUUUUUGUUUGUUUGUGGUUUUGCUUUUUUUGUUUUUAAUGCCUUUGGGUGGAUAUUAUCUUCCUUGUCUGAAACCGUACUCCUAAAGUGGCUUUCUUUAGCCCUGGCUAGAAAACCACUCCUCAGUAGCCUUAAGCAAUAAACAAAUGAGUAAAGAAUGUGGCUUCCACUGGGCUUAUUAAAAUAAAUUUGUCCAAUUUUCACUCAAAAGAGUGAUAACUGCAGAUGGCAAGAGAAACAUUUUAACUUUAAAUAAAAAAUGAACUUUUUUAAAACCUUAAAUAUCAACCAUUGUCUUUUAAAUUUAUGUUAGCUUAUCAGGGAGAUCACACGAUAAAAUAACCAAAUAUCUUAUUUCAUCACAUUUAAAUCAAAAGGAAUGUUCUCUUUGAAGUUGUAAAACUCCAAUAAUGAUAAGUACCUUUUUGGGUGGACUCUCAGUGGUGUAUAAUGGUUAUAUAGCCACAGAAACUGGUAGCAUCUCGUUUUCCACUGAGAAACCCCUCCAAGUCAGGGUGUGACGCUUGGGCAUGGCCAAGUGACCCAGCCCUGGGUGUAGGACAGCCAUGGAAACUUAAGAGUUCUAGAACCAGCUAAAAAUGGAAGAUUGGGUGUUCUGACCAACAAGGUACCUGUUUAUGGACACAGCCCCGGUAAGCUGGCUUUAACUCUCUCCUGGUCCCUUUUCCUCCAAAUCCAAGCCCCUUUAUAAAGCCCCAUCUACUGUCCCACUGCUCAGACCGCCCCCCUUACGUGCUGCUAGUCUCUACUCAAAGUUCAUGCAAAACUAAUGCUUUUAAAAUGAGGUCUAAGAAAGAAUUACUAAUCAAGAGUAUUGUUUUUUAAACAGAACUGCCUUUUUCUACUCUUUAUAUAAACUCUAUUGUGUUGGUCUAACAAGGCACUAUUUUAAAACUUUUUUUUUUAAUUUCUCCCAUAGCACUUAAAGAUAUUUUGUAAAGACUUUGCUGUAAAGAUUUUUGUAAUAAAAUGGUCUAAGGGCUCUUUUUCCAACAUUACCAUUUUUAAAAAAUGUUUUAAAAGCUAGAAAACAACUUAUGUAUAUUCUGUAUAUGUAUAGCAGCACAUUUCAUUUAUGGAAAUAUGUUCUCAGAAUAUUUAUUUACUAAUAUAUUUAUCUUAAGCCAUGUCUUAUGUUGAGAGUGUGACAUUGUUGGAAUAAUCAUUGAAAAUGACUAACACAAGGCCCUGUAAAUACAUGAUAAUUGCACACAGAUUUUACAUAUUUGCAGACCAAAAAUGAUUUAAAAUGAGUUGUAGUCUUCUAUGGUUUUGUUAACAAGUUGUACAAAUGACUGUAAAAAAAAUACAAUUUUAUCAAGUAUGUGUUA